CGUACGUAUGUAAACGUGCACACGUAAUAAGUAGGAAUAUAUUUCAACUUCAACUUUACUAUACGUACGAAACGUCAACCAGUUUACAUGACGGUUACGCAUCAAAAUACGGAAGAAUAUUCGAGAAAUACGUACAUGUGUGCUGCAUGAUAAUAAGGUGUCAGUAUAAAUGCUAAAACAUUCGUAGGUUAAGUUACUUUGAAGAAACCGGAAUGUGAGACUGAUUUCAGGAUGGCACUGCAUCGAAUUAGUAAUUCAUCCGAGUUAUUGAAAGCUCUAUCUCGCGUUUCUCUCACAGUAAAUGCGUCAUUAAACGAAAUGCAGUGCACGCGACACGCGCUACUGUAUCAACAUCGUAUGAAAAAUCUUCACGUUACAAGUGUUCGCCGCUAUCCUGAUCCUCCUGCGCUACCACUCCCUACGAACGUGUCCGAGAUAUUUGCAAAUGAGACCGGUCGAUUUACACCGGAAAGAGCACGCGACAUCGCAGCACCAGUACUACUCUAUAGUAAUAACGAUCGCAAAUCAUUUUACAAAACGGAACAAUUAACGAAACCAGCGGAGUGCACGAGCAGCUUGAAAAAUUGUAACGACACGCAUGUGGAGUCAUAUGACUGUUUCGGAGCGGUCAGUUUGAAUGGCUCGAUGCAGAGCACUGUGCCAAAACCAUUUUGUUCCAACGGGAAAUCAAUGUAUUUGAACAUGCCGGGCGGUCAAUGGGCCAGAGACGGAAAGUAUAUCGCCGAGGACAUGCAAAAGUCGCAUUACCGAAGUAUUCAUCUGCCACAAUUGAAGCUGAACAAAAGUGGUUUGACAAGUCAUGUUGCAACGAAUACACUUUUCCAAACAAUGUACACGCCGAAAUACAUCUGCAGUACGGGAUUUUCAACUAAAACAAAUCAUGUCUUAAGUUCCAAAGAAAAAGUGGAUGCGAUUUUAUUAUCCAGGAGAGAAAGGUUUAAAAUAUUAAUGAAAGAAUACGGAACUACUGUUGUCAUAUUUCAUAUAGGAAUUUCUCUGGUAUCUCUUGGCGCUUGUUACGCAGCUGUAUCUAGUGGGAUAGAUUUAAAACCUAUCAUUAAUAAUAUUUAUGUCACAUCCAACCAACAAAUAGACAGUGCUAUUAAUACUUCGUCAACUUUCUUGAUUGCGUAUAGCAUUCACAAGUUAAUGGCGCCUAUUCGAAUAUCACUCACGCUAGCAGUAACACCAUUCCUUGUAAGAUAUUUGAGAAAAAUUGGAUUUCUUAAACGUCCAAAAAAAGAAUUGUUAAAUGAAAAGAAAUUAAGUGACAAAUCAAUGAAAUUACAAUAACUGUAAUUGACAGUUUUUACCUACUCCAUUCCGAGUAAUUGUAUAUUUUAUUAAAUAUAUAUAUAUAUAUAUAUAUGUAUGUAUAUACUUGUAAACAGAUUUGAUUCAAAUAAACUUACAUGUAUAAAUUAUUUAUUUUUAUGUAUAUAAUCUUGAUUUAUUAUAUAAAGAAUAUAAUAAUCAUAAUUACUUUACACAACGUCACGUAUAUUUCAUACUUAUAUGACACUUUGCGCAUUUACUAUAAUGUAAGUACGGCUGCUUUAAUUACACAGUAAAUUUUUUACUAAUAGCUUUUUCUUUUAUUAAUCGCCGUAGAUACAUGACAUACACAAAAGCUCGACAGUUUCAAUGGACGAAUUGAUCAGUUAUACUGGAACAAUGAUUGUGCUUGACGCGCGAGUGUUUACAGAAUAUUUUUCGAUUAGAACUCGCACUUAUCAAGACUUUCAAGAUUUGAUUUGAUUACGCAUAGGAAACAUACGAAAAUGCCAACUACUUGGCAAACAUGUAUAUGUACAUAAUCUUUUAAAAAUAUAUUAUAGUACAUAGUAAAAUUAA